AUGUCUGCUCUCAAUACCUCUGAGGUCCAGCUUUUUCUUCUGGUUGGCAUUCCGGGACUGGAAUAUGCCCACGUGUGGGUCUCCAUUCCCAUCUGUCUCGUGUAUCUGGUCGCCGUCACGGGCAACAGCACCAUUCUCUUUAUCAUAAAGACAGAGCCCUCACUUCACGAGCCCAUGUAUUAUUUCCUUGCCAUGUUGGCUGUCUCUGACCUUGGCCUGUCCUUCGCCUCUCUGCCCACCAUGCUGAGAAUCUUCUUGUUCAACGUGAUGGAGAUCUCACCCGAUGCCUGCUUUGCCCAGGAAUUCUUCAUCCAUGGGUUCACGCUUAUGGAAUCCUCGGUGCUUCUGGUGAUGUCUGCAGAUCGCUUUCUUGCCAUUCACUAUCCCCUGAGAUACACGUCCCUCCUCACCAGCCGCAGAGCUGCCAGGCUGGGACUGAGCUUCGCCAUCAGAAGCCUUCUCCUAGUGCUGCCGUUCCCCUUCACUCUGAGGCGAUUAAAAUAUUGCCAGAAGAAUCUCCUUUCUCACUCGUACUGUCUGCAUCAGGACGCCAUGAAGCUGGCGUGCUCGGAUAACAAGAUCAACGUUCUCUAUGGCUUCUUUGUUGCUCUCUGCACGAUGCUGGACUUGGCCUUAAUAGUUCUGUCUUACGCGCUGAUCCUGAAGACGGUACUCAGCCUUGCAUCUCUGGCAGAGAGGCUCAAGGCCCUUCACACCUGUGUUUCCCACAUCUGCGCUGUGCUCAUUUUCUACGUACCCAUCAUCACCCUGGCUGCCAUGCACCGCUUCGCCAAGCACAAAAGCCCCCUCGUUGUAAUCCUUAUCGGAGACAUAUUCUUGCUGUUGCCGCCCCUAAUGAACCCUAUUGUGUACUGUGUAAAGACUCGGCAGAUCCGGGAGAAGGUCUUGGGGAGGUUGUUUAACAUACGGAGGAGAUAA